AUGUCGGAAGAUCAACCAAGCCCAACAACACGUUUGCUAAAGAUUAUGAAGAGGACUUUGCCUACUCAUGAUCAUUUUGAUUGGGAUGAGUUAAUGUACCAGUUCAGCACUGGAAAUAUUCACCAGCUCCUUUCCGAACAUCAAGACAUUGUGGACGAAUUUAUUGAAAUUUGGUCCUCAAGCACAGAUGAAAAUGUUUAUAUUCACUUUAUUGUGUGGGUGAUAUCUGUUCAUUCGUUUUUAAUCCACGGAUUUCCACUACAUGUUCAAGCAAGCAUCAUCCGAAUUUUGAUUAAGUCCAAAGACCACGAUUGGGAAACCUUACAAGGGCUUGUAAAAUUGCUUUUCAAUGACCCUUCUUCAUCGUAUCAAAUGAUAGAGUACUGCAACAAUUUGUACGCACAUGUAAAUACUCCUUCAUGGUUUUUAAUCCUGAAAAACAAUAAUGAUCUCAAGGCUAAGAUGAUUGGUACAUUUGAGCAGUUGUAUACCUUUGCUGUACAUCAUUUAAGGAAUCAUCACGAUAUUCAACAAUUAAUUCAUGCUUCCAUAAGAUUGUGUCAGUACUCAAUGGCACAAGAAUGUUUAGAGAAAUUUAUAUGUAUCAUUGAUCCUAAACGAGUGAUGGACUUGGCAUAUUGCCACCUGUGGUAUUGUGGCAUCAUUUAUGAAAGCAUAAGAAAUAAUGGCACGGAUGUUUGUAGAACUUUGUUUAAGGAAAUUGAUCUAUUUGUAACAGAAGUGCUAUCUGUUGAGAAUGGUCUUGUCAAUAUAGUUCAACCUAGAUAUACUCACGUGAAAAUACCCCAGAAUUUAAUUCAUUUAUAUGAGGACUCUCUGAUCCCACACCAUUUUGUAGCUUGCGAGAAACCAAUCCCAAAGAACUCGAUGGAGAAAAUUCUAAAACAUCUUCAUCAAAGUGCAUCUCUUUUUUUGAAAUCUGGACAUUUAGCCUUAUCGCGUCAAAUCUACCAGAGGAUGACAGAAUACUACAAUCAAUUGCCAAACGCUGAGAAUCAUCUGGAAAACCUUCACUCAGAAAUUUCUCUUCUCCAUUCCCAGCUGAGGUUGGGAGCUGAACUUUUAUUUAAAAACAACAGAUACUAUUUUGUGUCCGUUUUAAACAAAGGUGAGAGCGAAGCCACAUCGGUGAACGAGGAGUAUAUCUAUAGAGUUUAUCCCUUUGAGAACAUUGACAGAUUUAUUGAAAAGAGAAUACUUAAUGACUUUCCCUCUCAUCAAGUACUAACCGCAAGCAGUACCCAAUAUUCUGCUAAAACUGUAAAAAUUCUACCAGCUUUUGAGGACAGUUCAAAAGGGUUUGUAGUGUAUGGCUAUAUACAAGAACGUGAUAUCGUUUUUCCAGAAGAUGACAAAAUAUUUGGCAUUUCUAAGCGAAUAUGCUUUAUCAAUAACAAUUUAGAAUUAAUGGGGAGCUACAUCCACUCCCCACUUUUAAUAGACAGAGCAAAAGUUGUUGGUUCAACCCUUAUAUUUGAAGCUACUAAUCAAAUGGAAGCAAAUUGCAUCUACAUGGAGCAUUUUCAAAAUAUAAUCAAGAGUUCCUGCCAAACACUUGCACAAAACAUUGUUAAUGGUGUGCCUCUUAAAACUUGCACGGUUUGCCAACAGCUAUUUGCGCUUGUUGGUAACUUGUUGUAUGACAUUUUAGAAGGGUCCAGAUUGCGCUAUGUUUUAGGAAUCCAACAAUGCAAACACUUGAUAUACUACUACAGAGCAAUUCAUAAGGAUGAGAUGGCAACUCGAAAACGAGAAAUAAGAAGAAAAUGGAUGAAAGAAUGUAAAGAAGCUCAAGAGUCUAAACAAGAGAUUCCUCCAGAGCCAAUCCUUACCAAUUUAAUUGAGCAUAAUGAGGAAUAUCUCAAGCUAAGGUCUACCUUUUCCGCCUUCUUGGAUAUUUUAAACAAUGCAUUUGUGUUUUUUAAGGAAGCAGUAGAGAAUGUAUAUUCCCAUCAUGAAGAGUUUUCCUCACAUCUUCAAAAGUUACAACUGGCAAGAUUACAAGCCCUAAGCCUUUUGAGCGAGCUUUCAAUAAUGGCCGAGUAA